CAAUUUACAGCUAUCACCAGAAUUACUAGCGAGUGAGAUUUGCGAGACACAGUUUCUACCAGCCAUGACAUCCGCAGAGGCAUUCAAAGAGCUCCCCAGGGACAUUGCUGCGGUUGAUGUGAAGGGUAUGACCUACGUGUUCUUCGUCAACUCGAAUCACCAGCUCUGCUACCUCCUUUCUCCUGGGCCGGAAACCGAUGACUAUGACCCUCGCGUCGUCAAGCUCACAGACGGAGACCUGAAGGUCAAGUGCGGCAGCAGGCAAAUCGCCGCAGCGGCUUGGCAGGGAGGAAACGGCCAAGAAAUCCGCAUCUACUGCAUUGCUCCCGAAAAGGGGCAAUGUGAGAACAAAGGCUAUAUCCAAGAGGUCUCCUUCAGCUCUAGCACUGGAUGGGAGCAUGGCCUUCUUGGCUACAAGGAGGAGGGAAGGCCUUACGUUGACAAGGAUGCCUCGCUAACGGCCUGCGUUCAUACCUGGCCUGACAAGACCGAUAUUAAGGUUUUUGCCUCAGGAAAGGGCGAAAAUGGACGUCCCAAGAUUACUAUUCAUCAGUACAGCUAUGGGCAUAAGAAGUGGCUGGGCAAGGUUAUCAGUAACAAGGUCUCGGAUUGGUAG